GUACAAUGUCACACAAUUGCCAGAUUGUGGUUGAAUGAUCUAAUUUUUUUUAAAAUGUGAAAACAAUAGCCUAGAUUUUUUGAUUUUUUUUUUGGAUAGGCAAUGAAACUGAAUUGUAUGCCAGGAGACAUCGGAUGUGCCAUAAACAACAAGAGGUAAGUCUAGACAAUUUCAGUUUAUAAUAAUAAUUAUUUUAUUUUUAAUGUCUUAAAACUUAGAGUUAGUUAUUAUGUUAACGGGAGACUAACAGUUGCGAAUAAAUUCUCUAUACUGCUCGGGACAGUUGUGUUACAUUAGCACAUUUGCUCAUUAGAAAGAGAGCUGAAGCAUGACAACAUUUUUUUUAUUUUAAAAGGGACAAGGGACAUAGAAAUCGAUUGGCGAGGACGAGCCAAUAUAUAGUUUUGCGCAUUCUUUGCUGUAGCUCAUGUAAGUUGGCAAUGGUUACCGGAAAGUAGAAAGCACAAAUUUUGCUCAAAACCAACUUGUGCGAAGGAACUUUUCUCGUAGGGACAGUUCAAAUGGAAGAUUGUUCGAAAUUAAAACGGAGAUUUUCUGUAAAAAAAAAAAAAUGAAUGUUUUUUUUUUUCUAAAUAAGAAUGUGAAAGUGAGAAAUAUGGGUAUAUUUUGUUUUCCAUUAUUUGGCGUGCCAGUACAGGUAUUAAGUUUAUUAAGAGUUUCCCAUCCUUGCCUAAUUGCAUAGACAAAAAAUAGUUUUAAAAAUUGCGGAUCCACAAGAGAAUUUCAAAUAUUUUGUAUGUGUGGUGUACUCCAGCCUUUUGUUAAAUUAUUGGCCCGAACAUAACUUUUUUCCAUUUUUGAAUACUCUCUCGUUAGUUAGACUUAAAAAUGUGACCUCAUUUGAACUUCGGCUCUCGGCACGGGUGUAGCUAGAGUGCCUACCCCAGACAAGACUCAUUUUACACCUCCUCAACUCUGAAAUCCAAUAUUGUCAUCAACCAAAUACUACCAACGCCCAUUCUGCGCCCCAUUAGUUUCCCCCCUCUUCUCCCCCUUAGUUAAAUGAGACACAAACAACUUGUGUAAAUAAAACAACAUAUGUUAAGCUUUAAUUAUGAUUACACAAUAAACAAAUUCAAACGUACAACAACAAAAAUAUUAAAAUAAUUAUAAAUUAAAUUUACAUAAUAUCCUACCUAUACAUACAAUUGAAAAGAAAUAAAAAGAAUUAACCCCCCCCCCACACACACACACACACACUCACACUUUCUAGCUACGCCCCUGACUCCCUAACAGUCAGAAUUACCAACUAAAAAAAUGUACGGACGAAUAUUCAAAAUCUUCACACAUACAAAUAAAUGAUUUUAAAAAAUACGGACAACUUUUACGAAAAACUUUUUUUUUCAUUGAAUAAAUUUGUAGCACGAAUAGCCACGCUCACACCUUGAUCUCGCUUUUCAACGAUUUUACGUUUCAUUUCAGCAGUUAUUUUUUUCUAUUUUAUAAUUGGCUUCUUGUGUUGUUUUUUUUGUUUUUUUCGAAGACAUUUUAGCUUAGGUUAUUACACUUUGCACAUAAAAAAAUUACGAAUACUGUCUGAAUACAAAAUUUGUAAAAACUGGUGAUCACACACGAAAACAAUACGCUAACAGACCGAGUGCUAAACACAGACUAAUGCAAUGGUUCUCAACCUUCCUAGUGCCGCGACCCUUUAAUACAGUUUCUCGUGUCUUUGCGACCCCCAGCAACCUAAUUAUUUUCGUUGCUACUUCAUAGCUGUAAGAAUAUGUGUUUUCAGAUAGUCUAAGGCGACCCCUGGGAAAGGGCCGCGCUACCCCCCAAAGGGGUCACGACCCACAGAUUGAGAACCGCUGGACUAAUGCAUCGGCGCGGAAGCCCCGGCUCACAAAUGAAUGUCAAGAAAAAGGGACUUCCCCUUUCUGCGUAACUCGUUAUGCGAAAUAUCGCUCGUUAAGGGAGCAACUUCUUCACAUUUUUUUUUUGCUCGUUAUGCGAAUUACUCGUUAUGAGAGGUGCUCGUUAUGAGAGGUUCCACUGUAUUUUAAAAUUAUAGUCAUGAGAGGAAUGAGCUGGGAGUAACAAUUAAACAUAGUCACGUGUCGGGAGACGGUGGAAAGUUCGGACUCCGGAUCCUGUAACAGUGAAUUAAAUUUUUUACCUUUCAGAUUCUGCUCAGAGAAUAUUUGAUGAUGUCUUCAGACGAGGUUAAAAAAAAAAAAAAAUCAUUGAUAAGCUCACAGCCUUAGAUCAGUGAGGCCAUCUGCUAACAUUAAUCAUGUGGCAUAAGCCUUGCCAAUGUUCAGGAUAACUUUUACAUUAUGGGUGUACACAGUGAUAUAUUAAUUAACUUAAACAUUUUUUUUUAAAACGCAUUAUACUUAGGAAUCAGGCGUGCAUGUCAGGAAAAACCUACUAGUUAUUUUCUAAACGGUAGAAAAAUGUUCAAACUGCCCAUACAACUUUUCACAGCUGUGGCCCUAGGCCACAUGGCAGCAGCUGUCUCCGGGAUUCAAGGAGCAUGAGUAGAAAUGAGCAAUGAUGAAGACGAGAGUCGAGGUUCUCGGCCUUCAUCCUUGGUCCACCAGAUCCUCAAGUCUGACUCGGAGGACACUACCGACGAAGAUUCCCCAUCCGGUUCUGCCGACGCCCAAGAUCACAACGGUCUCACGGCCCUCAUGAAGGCCGCCAUAGCCGGAAACGAAGCCAAGAUAACGGCUUUGCUGGAAUCCGGUGUGGACAUCAACGUGACGGAUCGCUACGGCAAGACGGCUCUGAUUCACGCCGCCAAAACCGGCGGGGUCAAGGCCUUGAGACUGCUCAUCGAGGCCGGCGCUGAUACUGAUGGUUUUGACAGCACGGGGAACUCGGCGCUUACGUACGCCAUAUCAGACAACAGACAGUCUACCAUCGAGCUGCUCCUGCGGGCUGGGGUCGACGUGAAUGCGGCCAGCCAUAGAUCACCAACGCCUCUCGUGGAAGCCACUGAACGGUGUUUCGUUUCCGUGGUGACAAGGCUGCUCCAGAACGAGGCUUGCGUCAAUUUAGCCGACUACAAUGGUGUCACAGCACUGCACGUGGCUGCCAGAAAGAGGCACCCUGAGCUCGUUAGUGUCUUGGUAGACUUCGGCGCGGAUGUGAAUGCAAAGACCAAAGGGCAGAGUUAUACCCCUCUGGUGUUGUGUUUGAUGCACGGGUUUGACCUGACGAAUGGUGGGACCGAAAGGAUUAAAGAAUGUGUGGAAAUUCUUGUGAAAGCCGGGUCCGAACUUGACCUUAGGAAGGUCAGAUCGACUACUUUAUCGUUCUCCAUUCUUCUAGGAGAUGAAGAUCUUCUAAAAUAUCUCCUUAACCACGGUCUGAAGGUGGCCGUGCCACAAGACAAGACCAAGUCGAUUCUAUCCACAGUUGUGUCUAAGGGCUCGGUCACAGCCGUCGAAUAUCUGCUCCAGGAAGGCACCGGCAUCACCACGGAGCUCCACCAGGCGGUAAUGCUGGGAAAGGAGAAAGUGGUGCAGACAAUGAUAAGGUACGGUGCCAUGCCGAUCCCCAUGUCAACAGCCGUGCUGAAGAUGGACAGUCGCGUCAAAGUGAUAUCCCCUCUAACAGUUGCGUUUCUGUACAACAAGUCCGCCAUUGCUAAGUAUUUCUUCCACAUCCGUUUUAUGCUCAACUACGACCUUCACGUUCUUCCAAUCAACAGUGACAUCAUCCAUCGCCUGGGCAUGCCGGAAACAGACGAGAAUCGGUCCACGUUGCAACUGUACAGACACGUUUUCUCCCAGCCGUGGAAGCUCGCCAACAUCUCGUUCCUGGCCUUAUCCAAUGUGCUGGGAGUCGAGUCAGGCCGCGAGAAGCGGAUCUGUGCCACGGGAUUGCCAGAUUUUAUUCAGAGAAAACUCAUGUUCAAAGAUAAAAUGGCGGAAACUCCCGUUGAAUUUUGGGAUGAUUUAGACAUUCAGAUGUAAACUUUUCGACUUAACCUUGUUGUGAGCACGUUAUGGACGGACUUUAGUUCAGUGACGAUCAAAGUGUAUUUGCUGUGUCUUUCUAUCAGCUAGUGGAGGAUAACGAAUGGUAUACUUGAAGUUCAGUUAUGGCAUUGGCUUACUAAAUGUUAAUAUCUCAUUAUAGUUUGGGUUGGCGCAUUUUCUAAGAAUGUAUGGACUAGGAGAGGU